AUGGCCUUCCUCAAGACCCUAAGCCCUCUCAUACGCAGGCGCGCCACCCCGAUCUCGAACCCCAGGCCGCUCCUCUCCCUCCACACCUUCCUCGCCUCAUCCUCCCCCACCACCACUACUGCCACCGCCUCCCCCGCCGCCAGCGCCGUGCACACCCAUGUCCCCAUCCGGUCCGGCGGUCCGCUGUUCCUCUCGUCGGCCCCAUGGAUGCUGUCGCAGUCGGCGACACCGCUCACGGCCGCGGCUGCCGCCCUAGGCGCCAAGCUCCGCAGGGCACAGGCCCUCGCCGGCGGCCGCGCGCUGGCCGUCGCGGACGCCGUGAGAUGGGAGCACAGGCGGAUCUCCGGGGGUGAAGCGGAGGUUGCUGCGUCUUCGGGAACUGUGGGAUGUGGAGGUGAGAGGUUUCUGAAUGCGCCCAAUUUGGUGUCGAUUGGACGGAUGGUGUCAGGGCCGGUCAUUGGAUGGAUGAUCGUGAAUGAAUGGUAUCUUCCUGCCUUUGCCACAUUGGCUGUCUCGGGUGCAAGUGAUUGGUUGGAUGGCUUUUUAGCGAGAAAGAUGGGCAUCAAUUCUGUCUUUGGAUCAUAUUUGGACCCUCUGGCUGACAAGGUUUUGAUUGGCUGUGUUGCUGUUGCCAUGGUUGAAAAAGAUCUUUUACAUCCUGGUCUUGUUGGCCUCGUUGUUGUAAGAGACUUGCUUCUUGUGGGUGGUGCUUUCUACAAGCGGGCUUCUAGUCUGGGAUGGAAGUGGAGCAGUUGGUCAGAAUUUGUUAACUUAGAUGCGAUUCAUCGCGAAAAGGUUGAGCCUCUGUUCAUCAGCAAGGUGAACACAGUAUUCCAAUUGAUGUUGGUUGCCGCUGCACUUCUUCAGCCAGAAUUUGGCACAGAGGAAACUCAGAAUUACAUUACACUCCUGAGAGUGGACUAA